UACAAUUUGCAUAAUAACAACUUAUUUACAUCAGGGUUAACCUUUUUGACCUGUAGUUUGAUAACAACUUAUUUACAUCAGAGUUAACCUUUUUUGACCUGUAGUUUGAUAACAACUUAUUUACAUCAGACUUGAACAUUUUGACCCGUAAGUCAAUCAUUCGUUAAAAACAAGAUGUUUGGAUCAUAAUUUGAUUUUGAAAAUUACAAAUAGCUAAAUUGCAUCAGAUUUGAUUUUUUAAUCUGUAAAAUGCAGUUUGAAUAACAACUACUUAUUGACGUCAAUUAAACAGUAAAAAUAAGUACAUCAUAAUCAAUAAUUUGACUUUGAAAAUUGCAAACAGACUACUUGAUUUUGCAUCGUAGUGACUGUGAAAUAAAAUCACGUUGAAUAACAUUUUUUCGCUUACGCGUAAAAAUCUUUCAUUUAACCUUCCAUGAUAUCAAUAUUUUAGUAUUUAAAGCUGCGUGUACUGGUAGAAAUUAUCAGUUUACUUCAAGGUUUUGAAAGUUCAGUUUUAAAAAUGACCGGAAUUCCAACUACAUUGGUUGUCACUACAACGGAUGAAAAAAAUUUACCAUUAGAGGACCUAAUGGUUUUUGUUAAGCAUAUAUUUAGCUAUGGUGUCACAGACAUAAGGAUGUCUGAAGACCGAAUCCUUAUCAUUCUGAGCUAUUCACCUAGGGCCGUAACAUUGCGGAAAAAAUUCAAUAAGAUGCCCGUCCGCUAUGUCCGGACGAAGGUGGAGAAUGAAAGAGAACUGAGCGUCUUGGAACGAUUGAUGAAUUCAUACAAAUUCAAUAUCCUCGAUGAAGAGGAACUAGAUGCACCACCAAAAAAGAAAUUAUCAAUCACGGAUGUUUAUAGUGAUGAUGAUGAUGACGAUGAUGAAAGUACUCGUAAGAAAUUUAAAAAAUAGUAUUGUAGUAUGUAUCUAAAAUAAACAAUAAACAACUAAUUUUUUCUUAGUCUUAUUUUAUUUUUUAUAAGUUUUUUA